ACCAUAAUUAAUUGAAUCACUCUUACCAAGUUCAGUGUUGGCAUGACUGCAAAAUGUAACCGCCGCGCUCAAAUACCAACGCAAUAACAGACUAUUUGCUUCAAGUUUCGAUUCCGAGAUCGUCCUAAUUUGAGGCUUGCAUUAUUUUUGUUUGUUGUCGAUUGCUCUCCUCAUUAAAUAUUCUUUCACACUUUGCUCUUCACGCAUUCCAUAACACAACGUACCGUUAAGCUAGACGUAAACCUGAACGUCACGAGUAUGGACAUUGAUUUUAGCAGUGGAAGUGGGGAACUACGAGGACCAGAAACUUCAUAUUUAAUUGAAUGUGUUGGAUCAUUGUUACGGCAAUAUAUAGCUGAAGUUGUAAUUAAACGGCCUGUGGAUCCAAUCGAUUACUUGGGUCGCUGUUUAAAAAAUUAUACAAAGAUAAGAGAUAUUGAAAUAAAAGAAUCUCUUGAAAACAAUGAAUUAGUUCAUUUGCAUCAAUUAGAAGAAGAGAAGACUUCAUUAGAAAUCAACAAUGAAGAAAACACCUCAGAUAUCACUACAAAAUCGAAAAGCAAUGAACAUGAUUCAAACCAACAUCAUUCAGAUGAUGAAAUAAUUAGUAACGAUGUACAUGUGAAUAAAAUUGACGACAUUGCAGCUAAUAAUAAUCCUAAUGAUGAUGAUGAUGAUAUAAAGGUUCAAGAUAGAAAUCAUUUGCAAAGUGAUUCAGAGAAUUAUGUCAAAGAAUCAGUAAACGAAGAAGAAGAUGAUGACGGAGAACAAAGUACAUUAAAAUUUGAUAAUGAAACUGAUGAUGAUAUUACUUUCGAUUCACAAGUUAAACAAGAUAUUAAUGAAACACCAUUAGAAGAUACUGUUAAUCAUGAUGAUGACGAUGAUGAUGUAACAGAAGAAGUGACAGAUUCUGAAAUAUAAUAAACUACUUCAUUAAUCAACCAUUUCAUAUAUGAAUGGGUCUAAGUAAGUGAAUGAAUGAGUUAGUUAGUUGGUUAGUUAAUGAGUGAGUGAGCUAAUGAGUGACUGAUUGACUGACUGACUAAGUGUCUCAUUAUAUUAUACAAGUUCAAAUGUAAUAAUUUCUCCUGGAAUGUUCCCAUUUAUCUACAGUAUAGAAACAUUUUUAUCAUAAUUCAACUUGUACUACUGACGGAAAUCAUUUUAGUAGUAUAAAACAAAACAACAAAAUUAUAUUCUAAUAUUAAGAUUUGUGGUUGAUCUGACAAUAGGCAAAUGUUAUAAAAUUUAAAGCAAUUAGUCCCUUUGAUAAAUUUCGAUAAUGCAAUGAGAUAAUCUUCGUUUUCUCAUUGUGUUAUAAAAUUGUUUCAAUUUGAUUGUAAUAUGUGUCAUAUGAUCAAAUAAAUGGUGUAUUUAUC